GCGAAUUCUAUAUCUCGGUAGAUAAAUCAACUAACAAAUGGAGCCUUUAGGUAAUCGACAGCGAAUUCAAGCAUUGUCUGCGCACAGGGAACAGGUUGUGGAAGCCCUGACUCAAAUCAUCUUUGAUGGCGGUCACAUUCGGCGGAUGAUCGAGACUUUUGAGCAGCAAAUCCAGCUAGCGAACAGCCCUGAUGAGAUGCAGCGGCAACAGACAGACCUAUUCUGGGAGAACACGUUCGUGCGGCGGUUGCUUGACGGCACUGAGAAUGGAACAUACCUCGGCAUGGACCUCGGAGGGACGAACUUUCGGUUGGUGCGCGUGGAUCUGCGCGAUGGUGAGGCGACUACGGCCACGCGCUACUACAGCCUGGGCAAGGGGCUGCUGGUUGGACCCAGUUCGGAGUUGUUUGACUACAUCGCGGUGUGUCUCAAGUCAUUUUUAAAAGAAGAGAAGUUUGCCAAUAAACUAUUGCCAUUAGGUUUCACGUUCUCGUUCCCCUCGCAACAGAUGAGCCUUAAGCACAGCACUAUCUCCACGUGGACGAAGGGCGUCACGUGCACGGACGGCCCGGGCCUCGACUCGGCCGUGCUGCUUGAGGAGGCCAUCGCCAGGCUCGGGGUUGAGACACUGCCAGCCGGCGUAGAGGUUGUGGCCAGAAUCAGCGACAGCACAGGAACCCUGCUCGCCGGAAAUCUCCUCGACAAGAACUGCAAAAUAGGGCUCAUACUGGGUACUGGAUCGAACGCGGCCUUUGUAGAGUAUACUCACAACAUCGAGAAGUGGGACGCAUGCUACAAGGAUGACGACCCCUCAGACGUUGUUGUUAUUAACUGCGAAUUCGGAGCGUUCGGUGAUAAUGGGUGCUUGGACUUCAUGAAGACAGAGUUCGUCAAAGAACUUGACACACAUUCAAACCACCCUGGCUCAUUUACGUUCGAGAAGCAAUUCAGCGGCCUUUACCUAGGGGAGCUGGUGCGACUGGCACUCAUUAAACUGGUGCGUGCAGGGUGUCUCUUUGCUGAUCAGCCGUCGUCUUUGCUGGAGGAAAGGUGGUCUUUUACAACCGCGCAUGUAACUGCAAUCGAAAGUGACUCUCAGGAGACCUCGACGAAUACCAAGUCCGUCUUAGCGGAGUUUGAGAUCCUUCAUCCCACAGCUGACGAUGUUUCUCUUGUACAGGAAGUGUGCGAGCUCACGUCAACGCGCGGCGCCUAUAUUGUGGCUACAGCUAUGGUCGUGCUGCUGAACCAUAUUAACCUACCGGAAGUGACCAUAGCAGUGGACGGCUCGUUGUACGAACAUCAUCCGAAGUAUCACAACAAUAUGGUGAAACUUAUUUCCACCUGGUGUCCACAAACAAAGACGACCCUUCGCUUGGUGAAGGACGGCAGUGGUCAAGGUGGAGCCCUUGUGGCCGCCAUUCGCGAGAAGACUUUGCCUCACUAGCCCUCCAGCCUGCAUGCGGACUGGCACCUUCUCUUCAAGGAGACGUACCGGGGUGACGGACACUCGAUCAACCUGUCAUUUAAGCCUUAGUAUAUAUAUGUUGAUUUGAUGUACAUUUGGUAUCAUUUAUAAGAAUCAUUAUUAGUUGCCGAUACCAGUUGUAUUUGUUGUGUUUUGCUCAAUUAACGAACAAAAUUGAAUAUGUUGAAAGGUUAACUGUAUUGACUUAAUAUUUGAUUUGUUUAAAAAAAUAUAUUUUAGGGUGGGGGUCGUGGUUAAAUUUGCUGACUUUGAGACCAAAAAAUAAUUUUAUGCAAUUCUAGAUUCCCCAUUCUUUGCUCACUGUUAAAAUCAUCUCAAACAUAGACAGUACAUGUAUACCCGAAAGGCUAGUCUUUUAUAUAAUUCCCCAGUUCCCGUAUGAUGAGUAGAAUAGGAAGACAUUCAUUUGUUGGCCGAAAUUUCUUUCAUGUUUUGUAUUAAUGGGGACUUGUUCAGAAUUCGACAAAAUGACAAAAAUAAAAUAAAAACAGAA